CGUGGAUUUGCAGAAGCUGGAAAACCGGUGGUGGUCCUGAAAGAAAACAGGGAGCGCGAGCUUUGAAAAAAAAACAACCCAACAACAAGAACUCACAAACAGGCAGAUGGAUGUGGGCAUCGUUGCUCAGGGGGUGGAGCAGGCGACCCCGGAGGAGAGGACGCCGGAGCAGCAGCUGCAGCCUUCCAAGGAGGAGGAAGAGAAGGAAGAAGAGAAGCGCAGGAAGCUCCUAUGUUUGGAAUUUGCCUCCAUCAGCGGCAGCGAUCUAGCCGUUGCUCAGUGCUACCUGGCAGAGAAUGACUGGGAUAUGCAGAGAGCGCUGAAUUCUUAUUUUGAGCCGCCUCUUGAGGAGCAACCUAUGGACGCGAUGCCAGAGCCUCUCCCGGUGGAGGGGACCCUCAUUGACCUAACAGAUGAUUCGACCGCCGGUAAAGUUUCUGCUGCUGUUAAAGAGGCGGGUCUUAGCUCCAAAGAGGAUGACAGCACAUUUUCUUUAAUUACCUGGAAUAUAGAUGGCCUGGAUUUACAAAACCUGCAAGAUAGGGCACGAGGAGUUUGCUCCUAUCUCGCUUUGUACAGCCCAGAUGUGGUAUUUCUACAGGAGGUUAUUCCUCCAGUUUUAUCCUAUCUGCAGAAGAGAGCCGUCAGUUACACAAUUAUUCCAGGUAAUACUGAUGGUUAUUUUACGGCCAUAAUGGUAAAAAAAUCAAGAGUCAGAGUUUUAAAAGAAGAAAUAACACCUUUCCCUACCACCUCCAUGAUGAGAAAUUUAUUGGCAGUACAUGCAACCAUAUCUGGCAAUGACCUCUGCCUUAUGACUUCGCAUCUGGAGAGCACUAAGGGGCAUAGCGAAGAACGCUUGAAUCAGUUGAAACGGGUGCUUGCCAAAAUGACGGAGGUUCCAGAGUCCACUACUGUGAUUUUUGGAGGAGAUACAAAUCUCAGAGACAAAGAGGUUGCUAAGUUUGGUGGUUUGCCUGACAACAUUCUGGAUGUUUGGGAAUUCUUGGGCAAGCCAGAACAUUGCCGCUACACGUGGGAUACAAGCCAAAACACUAACUUGGAUGCGCGUUACAAGUGCAGAUUGCGGUUUGAUCGCCUCUUCCUCCGAGCUGCUUCUGCUGGCGGACAAAUUGUUCCUAAGAGUUUGGAUUUAAUUGGGCUGGAAAAACUGGACUGCGGCAGAUUUCCUAGCGAUCACUGGGGUCUGCUUUGCAAUUUUGAUGUGGUACUAUAAGGGGGGGGGAAUGAGUUCCACGCUGUGUAUGAAAGACACUGUUAUAACCUUUCCUGUCCGUCCCCCCCAUCCUGCUGUAUUUUAAAUCAAUUCUGGGAUUGGUUCAAAUUUAUACACUUCAGUGGUAAUACACUAAUCCAUGCGUUACUGGAAUCCUUGCCCAGUGAAAGGGCGGGGAGAAGACUUUUAAAUGUAUACUCUUAAAUUCAUUCCAGUUUAUAGGUACUCCAGGAUAUAUUCCCCUUCCAAGUUUCAUUUCCUGUGCAAAUUAGAUAAAUGAAAAUGCUAGCCAUAUAAUACUGUUUCAGUCUUCAGUUGAAUAAAGAAUAAUUCAACACAC